AUGCUCCUCCGUCCUUUUUUCAGCAUACUCAUUGCGACCCUUCUGUCGGUCGCAUUAUGUGCAGCCAGCAGCUCCGAUACCUCCGAUGAAUCGAAUACAUCGCUAUGGGACAUGGUCCCGGAUUGUGCCCGAAACUGUACGGAAGAUUUUAUCAAGACCGAAUAUACACCGGAGGAGUGCACGUACACGACGAAUAUCAAGUGUCUUUGUCGAACCGAAACGCCGAGCAAUCUUACUAUAGGGGAAGCAGCACUUACCUGUGUCUAUGCUUUGUGUUCGCAAAGUGUUAUAAAAAAUACCAAGGCUUAUCAUAUCUGUGACUCGGUAUCUGAUGCUUUGCCUGAAACACAUGCCACACUCACGGCUACCACAUUCGCCGCUACGCUAGCUUCGACGACCAGGUCAACGUCAACAACAUCAACAACGUCAACGAGUUCGACUACAUCCGCAGGCAGUGACGGGAUAAUUACUAGUGACAUUGGACCUUCCAGUACUUCAACCUCGACAACGUCAAGUGAUGCGCCCUCAAUUACCUCUUUCCAUCCAUCUACAUCUGAGUCCGGAACAUCUCCACAGACUAUCAGCUCGACAUCAUCCAUUGAAACACCAACAAAUUCUUCAGUUCCUACAACUAGCAAGAGUGAUAACCAUGGAGUUAGUACGGGGACAGUCAUUGGAGUCUCCGUUGUCUCUGGCGUGGCCGGCUGCCUCAUAAUAGGAGUUCUUGCUUUCUACGGUGUUACAAGAUGGAAAAAAAAUAAUCGGGUUGACGACUCCGAGUCCGGGGGCGACAUGUUUGAGCCAGCUGAAUUCCCACCUGAAUCAUUCUCGCGAGAGUCUUCCCCAGGUCCAGACCCGGUGCCUUGGGCUCCGAAUCGUCCUCCAGCUUCUCAGGAAGUGUCCCAAAUAUCACGACCACAAGUUUUCCAACCAACCUCACAAUAUCCUCCAAGAUUCGCGACAGGGUCUGGUAUUCGCGUGGUGGACAGCCCAAGAGAUGAGAAUAAUCAGCGAAUAGGGUUUGCCGUUACUUCUGAGUCCGUCUGGUCAGGUUCGCCCAGAACAGUGGACUCCCAGCAUACUACGGCAGAACUACUUCCGACUCCAGCAGCCGCAUUAUAUCCCAAGCCACUCAAAUUCGCACAUCGGCCCUCAAGUGGAGCCACUCUCUUUGAAGAGGAAGAGGGUCAGACCAUAACAGAAAAGAAGUUGCCUUCUCUUCCUUCUCUUCCUAGUACAAGAGAGUACCUCAGGAAUGGCUCCCCAACUGUUAUGGCUGGUUUACCAGCCAACCCCAGAGCUCUGAAAGAGGGCUUUCGAGCUUCUCAGUUUCGACGCCCAAAAGGCCAAAAGAAGCCAACCCAAAUACAGCCUCAAUGUCCCCGCCAAGCGCCCGCCGGUCCCCGUGAAAAAACAUUAGGAGCACCCUUCUCUGAAUCUUCAUACCGCCGCAGAUCAAUGGUCUCAAAUAGCAGCAGUGGACCAAAUUACAGCUCCGAAUCAUCAGACCACACAUCCAAUACUUUUGCCACCACCCCACCUUUCAGUACCGCACAAGGGCGCGCUCUUACCGGCAUGUCUCCAAGAAAAGUCCAACCACCCGGCUCUGCACCGCCGGCGGGACCAUCAUCUCCAACGUCAGACAUCGUCUCCCGACCUCGAGUUGUCCGUGGCGAUGAUAUCAAGCGCAUCCAACCUGGCAGUAGUCCACGUCCCCCCAGUGAAGUGGUUGUUCCAUACUGUCCGGACGACUUCUGGCUCGAACGAGGGCGUGGUAAUACUCAUUCCCGUUCGGCAUCCGGGGAACUUCCAUAUCCUUCUGAAACAACCCUGGGCGUCAUCUUGUAUCCAUCAAGCCCAAAGAAACGGCCAGAGGAUGCACCCAGGAGGAUAUCGCCGACUAGUCGAAAUCUGACUCCAUCGAGAAGAGGGGAUGAUUUGAUCCUUAGUGUGGACUAA